AUGCACCAACACCCUCGUUCUCCCGCUGUCGCUUCCUCGGCGCCAAAGCAAACCCCAAGAGCGCUGGCCGCGGCUCGGGAUGACCUCAAGGACCCAGACUCCGUCCCGCCUUCCCCACACCCGUUGACAUUCGAACCAACUCGGCCAAAGGGUUGGGCAUUGAUGCUGGGUCGGAACACUCUGACCAUCGGGCUGCGGCUCCUAAACUACCACACAAAAGCAGCUCUGAUCGUUCUUCAUUCACGCGUCGACCUUCCUCCCUCAUACCCAAAGGGCUCCGACACUCCGAGGAUCAAUCGUUGGUUUAAUGUCGAACUAAACGAUACCGAUAUCCUACGAGAUCAACUUCGAAUCUGGCGAACGUGCGACGCCACCGACAACCGACCUCCCCCUCUACUCAUCGAAGUAUACCUAGACACUAAAGGUCUGACCAAUAAUCAGAGCCUGGUGGUACUUGACGAUAAUGGGAAGCGAUGGGAUGUGCACGACUCGCUUGCAGCUCUGCGGACGCAAGCCUCCAAUUACCAGCAGUCAAAAGCAGAUGAGAUCAUUCUGGAGCGGUGGAAGAUUGAGUUGGGCGAGUCCACUACCAGACCUCCGGUUGAUCUGGGCUCCAUAUUGCCAACCGUAUAUAAGAAGAGCAUUGUUCUGUUCCGAUCUCUGUUCACUUAUUCCAAAUUCCUGCCUGCCUGGAAGUUCUCCAAGAAAAACCCAAAGUUACGCCGGAGCCCUGCCCUGCAAAUCAAGUAUCGUGUCAUAGAUGGGAGCAUCCCUGUCGCUGGCCGGUCUGCAUCACCAGAUCACUUAACGGCCCCAUUGUAUGAGGGUAGUGGGAAGGUGGUGGAUACCUACAGUUUCGGUGUCACCGAAUCUCCGGCUGGGCCCUUCUCCGUGCAGGUUACUUAUCGGACAAACUGUGACUUCCGCGUGGAUGAUUCAGAGGCUAUCCUCAGCUCCCGCUUCAUGGGCGCUGAUGAUAAUAUCUUCCGCCCCUCCCUCCCCUCGGAGGACAUCAAACCGAAUCAUGAGGUUGGCUCGGUGCCAGUGGAGAAACGAAUUGUCGGAGACCCCGACUUCUCACGCGCCUACGGGAGCUUAUCUACAUUUCACCAGGUUGGUCCUGGGACAAGUCCUCUAUCUGCCUUACGGAACAUGAGAGAUGCUGGCCCAGGAUCCUCCUCGCCCCCUGAUUCCCCAUCUAAGAAGCUCCUACCUUCCGCCAAGAUAGCUCCUACUGGACGAGCUGCUCAGAUUGCAAGCGAGAGCGGCGGUGGAUCGAACUUUGGUCGCCGCCCCUCCAUAUCAUUCCAGCCUUUCAAAGCACCCCCUCUGUCAGCCUCUCCAGCCUUGGUAGACACCCCACUCGGGGUAUCACCUCGAACGACAUCGGCUCGCGCUUCCGCGGGUACAUCGGCCGAGUCUCGUGUUAUGCCGCCCCCUUCUGUAGCGGCUACUGCCCGCAGACCUGCCGCCCUUGUAUCUGAACAAAUCAUUUCCUCUUCUAAUUCAGCAUCACCGAAACCAGCUCCAAUCACCAGAUAUAGUAGCUCGUUUAGCCAUCGGCGGGGCCGCCCAUCUUCUGGUGGGACAACCAAGCUGGACGAUGAAAUGUCAAGCGGCAAGGCUAGUGCUACAUCUUCUAAUGUACAGCCAGGCUCCGGUCACCUCGCAGAAGCUACCAGCACUAGCGCGGGAUCUAUCCAUGCAGAUGACGAGAACAUCUCCGACUUCUUGAAAAUGCUCGAUAUGAAGAAAGAUUUGAUGAAUUCAUCCGGUUCUGGUUCUCAAGAUUCUGGACCUCGCAAGCCAACGGCCACAUCGGCUGCUCUCGCUCGUUUCCAACGUAUGCGUGACUCAAACGCAGCGCUGUCCGACUCGAUGUCAACAUCCAUGCAUCUACGGCAGUCUUCAUCAUCAUCCAGUAAACACCUCUCGGGUGUUCCGCAAAUGGUUGCUGGCACGUCAAUCUCUACGGCUUCGUCCCCUGGAAAGCCUAUAUCACCCCAUACUCCUCACACACCUGCUAUUCGAUCUCGCCUUAGUUCGAAUAGCGUUGCCGAUGAAAUGGCUACAGAACAUGACCGUCGAGUCCCACCCCAUAUUGAGCACGAUUCGCCUCUUGAAGAAAGCCCCGGUGAAACAAUCACACAGCGUGAUCCAUCCACCGCCGGGGCAAUUGAUAUUCCCAUAUCCCCUCGAAUUUAUCCCCGGCUGACCGUCGCUCAAGCUCUGCGGCCCAGCGGAGGCGGCCAGCAUCUUGGCAACGAAGAAGGGGCACAUCCCCUUCCUGACGCCAUGCCGCGCAUGAAUGAAGAUGAGAAUGCCGAUCCCGAUCCCAAUCUCUACCAGUGUCAACCAGAGGACCAGCCAUGCGUCGAGGACAACAAUGUCCCCGCGACGAGUGUUACUGGUGCAUCACGUCCAUCCGUAUCCGCAACCUCCUCCAUCUCAAACACACACCUAUACCAACCCCGCUUCGCCAGCUCGCGAGGCCGCGGCUACUCGGGCGGUCAAUCUGUCAGCUCUGCCUCAAGCAGCCUCGCAAGAGGUGCGGCCAUUCCGCCUCACUUGUCUGAGCGAGACGCCGAUCGAGACGGUAACGCAAGCGGUAGCACGAGUGGUAAUUCCACAAUGGAAUUACGCCGUGGCUCGGGCCAAAGACCGAGUGUGAGCCGCGCUGCACCAUCUGCGGCCUUCGAAGAUGACGAGCCGUUGCUUUUCGCCAUGAGUGACUUCGGCGCCUCUAGGCGCAGUCUCGAGGAGAACAGGGGGAAUCAUGGCGGCAACGACUCGAAUGGCGGUUCGAGGCGGGGCAGUGGUAGGAGAGGAGCUGGGCUUCCUAACUUCCACGUCUGGUAG